UGCACCCCGUGACCCUGGUGUCCUGUCUCCACAGAGGCUCGGGGUGGGCUGGGGGCCCCUCCGCUGCAGUCUGCCCGGUCCCUGCCAGGCCCCGCCCCCUGCCUCAAGCACUUCCCGCUGGACCUGCGCACGUCUAUGGAUGGCAAAUGCAAGGAGAUAGCCGAGGAGCUGUUCAGUCGCUCCCUGGCUGAGAGCGAGCUCCGCAGCGCCCCGUACGAGUUCCCCGAGGAGAGCCCCAUCGAGCAGCUGGAGGAGCGGAGGCAGCGCCUGGAGCGGCAGAUCAGCCAGGAUGUCAAGCUGGAGCCAGACAUCCUGCUUCGGGCCAAGCAAGAUUUCCUGAAGACGGACAGUGAAUCGGACCUCCAGCUCUACCAGGAGCAGGCUGAGGGGCAGGGCGACUGGGGCCUGCGGGAGCGCGACGCGGUGCUGGAGCGGGAAUUCCAGCGCGUCUCCAUCUCCGGGGAGGAGAAGUGCGGGGUGCCCUUCACAGACCUGCUGGACGCGGCCAAGAGCGUGGUGCGGGCGCUCUUCAUCCGGGAGAAGUACAUGGCGCUGGCGCUGCAAAGCUUCUGCCCCACCACCCGCCGGCACCUGCAGCAGCUGGCGGAGAAGCCUCUGGAGACGCGGACCUACGAGCCGGGCCCCGACACCCCUGUAAAGUCGUUCUGCUACCGCCGGCUGCAGUACCUCAGCUCCAAGUUCCAGAUGCACGUGCUGCUCAACGAGAUGAAGGAACUGGCCGCCCAGAAGAAGGUGCCACACCGAGAUUUCUACAACAUCCGAAAGGUGGGUCCUCACUGGGGCCGGGCCCGCGCUCUGCCCAGCCGCCCCCCUCCAGUACCAGGUAGGAGAGCCUCCGAGAUCUUCAUCAAGACGGACAACAGGGUUUCUGGGAAGUACUUCGCUCACAUCAUCAAGGAGGUGAUGUCGGACCUGGAGGAGAGCAAAUACCAGAACGCGGAGCUGCGGCUCUCCAUCUACGGGCGCUCGAGGGACGAGUGGGACAAGCUGGCACGCUGGGCCGUCACGCACCGCGUGCACUCCCCCAACGUGCGCUGGCUUGUGCAGGUGCCCCGUCUCUUUGAUGUGUACCGUACGAAGGGCCAGCUGGCCAACUUCCAGGAGAUGCUGGAGAACAUCUUCCUGCCACUGUUCGAGGCCACCGUGCACCCCGCCAGCCACCCGGAGCUGCACCUCUUCUUGGAGCAUGUGGACGGCUUUGACAGCGUGGACGACGAGUCCAAGCCCGAGAACCACGUCUUCAACCUGGAGAGCCCCCUCCCCGAGGCGUGGGUGGAGGAGGACAACCCGCCCUACGCCUACUACCUGUACUACACCUUCGCCAACAUGGCCACACUGAACCACCUGCGCAGGUGAGCACUGCGGGGCCUCCCCCCGCUCACCCUGCGGGCCUCCCCCUCCCCGAGGCACCUGACCGGCCUCGCUCCUGUCGCCCAGGCCCCGGUCCUGCAGUACCUGUACUACCUGGCCCAGAUCGGCAUCGCCAUGUCGCCGCUGAGCAACAACAGCCUCUUCCUCAGCUACCACCGCAACCCGCUGCCCGAGUACCUGUCCCGCGGCCUCAUGGUCUCUCUGUCCACCGACGACCCCCUGCAGUUCCACUUCACCAAGGAGCCGCUGAUGGAGGAAUACAGCAUCGCCACCCAGGUGUGGAAGCUCAGCUCCUGCGACAUGUGUGAGCUGGCCCGCAACAGCGUGCUCAUGAGCGGCUUCUCCCACAAGGUGAAGAGCCACUGGCUGGGACCCAACUACACCAAAGAGGGCCCCGAGGGCAACGACAUCCGCCGCACCAACGUGCCCGACAUCCGCGUGGGCUACCGGCACGAGACCCUGUGCCAGGAGCUGGCGCUCAUCACGCAGGCCGUGCAGAGUGAGACGCUGGAGACCAUCCCGGAGGAGCCGGGCCUCACCAUGAGCCCAGGGCCUCAGUGAGCCCGGCCACGGCGCCUGCAUCCCAGCGCCUUGACCACGUUCUGUCCUCGGACCCCCCCACCUGUCGUGGCCUCUGCAUGUGUUCGUUCUCCUCUGUUGCCCUGCAUGUCUCCGUCCUGUCUCCGUGCCUCCCCCGGAAGCGGGGCCCAGGAUGCGCUCCGCCCUUUCUUGGCUCAAGUGGCACCCCAUGGCCCAAGUUUGAGGGCCGCCCUGUUGGAGGCCCUGUCCCCAGAUCCUCCGAAGCCUGGCUAGGGCUGGUUGUGGGGGGCUGGCCCCUCCGGCCUUUGGAGUCCUGCCUGGGCAAGCCUGAGCUUUGGCUGGGGGUGGAGUUGAGCCCCCGUCUUGUUUACGUGGCUGAAGUCCAAGGUGGGGCCUGUGCACAUCUGCUGUGGGCACGGGGCUGCCAGGCCUGGGGGGCUCCGGGAGGGUUAGUUAGCUCUGGGCGGAGAGCAGGCGGAGCCCUGGCAUCCUGGGCUUGGGCCUGGCGGCAUGGGACCACCGCCUCUGCCCAGUCGGUGCCCGGCAGCCUUCUCCGUCCUUCCCCCGGGCCAUGUGCCCUGCCGUCCGCUUCCUGGGCCAUGUCUGGGGCCAGUGCCGCUGGAGGCUCCUGGAUCUGCUACCAGCCCUGGGGGUGGCCUCUCCAAUGUGGUCCCUAGAGUUCUGACCAGACCCGAGUCCUGGCUGGUCCCCUGUGCUGUUGUGUGGACCGAGGCCUUCGCUGUGAAAUGCAGUGUUUCGUACAAUCCCGUCCCUCCUAGUGCAUGAGAAAUAAAGAGUAUUUAAGUAAAGAGGCAGGUGGGGUCUCUGUGGGGAGAGGGGCAGCCGGGUCCGUGGCUGAGGUCAAGCCAGGAGCGCUGUGGAGGGAAGGACGGGGUACUUCGGGGAGUGACGGGGCCUGGCCGAUGUGUGUGCUUGUGCACAAGGAAGCUGUGGGAGGGAGAAGAGGCCCAUGGGGGGACCCGCCUGCCAUCACAGGCCUCGUCCAGCCUGGCCCCUCUGACAGGGACACCGCCCAUCUGCUGCAGCCCCAUGGCCCCGCCUGGGAGACGUGGGCCUGUGCACUGGCAAGCAGACCUGGGCCGUGGGCCUCACACUCUGAUGCCUGCACGUUCGGGGAGCCUGUUUAAAAUGCCACUUCCAGGCCCCACCCUCCGAUCCCCAUUCAAGCGAGUGAAAGGUGCGGCGUGGAAGUUGAACCAGCUCGGCUUCUGUCCCGUGUUUAACAACAUCUGGAGCCCCUGCAGGGAGGGAAGUGAGUGCCCUGUGCCGGGCAGGGUCCCGGGUGGCGCCGAGAAGCCUGUCCCUGCUGCUGGUGGGGCGAUGACGGGCCGGCUGUUUCGGAAGCAAUUAGCCCGAGAACAGCGCGAUCCGAGUAAUUGAAGGCCUGGUGAAAGCUGGCUUCCUCCUCCCCUCCUGUCAGCUUGCUUGGCCCAGCCUGCGGCAUCUGUGCCAGCCACCGCCUGGCAUGACACUCACCCAGUGUCCCCGGGCAGAAGCUCUCCUCGUGCCCUUGCCUCCGGAGGGCCCCUGGAGGGCCAGGCCUGCUCCUGGCCAAGACCCAGGUCCUCCAGUCUCCAGAAGGCUCUUGUCGGUCUCCUGUCGCCGCGGCAGGGCUGGCUGAGGCUGGACAGCUCUGGCUCAUUUCUGUUGGGGAAACAGCAGGUGCAAGUGGCCUGUGGCAGAGCCAGGACUGAAGCCAGGGGAGCUCAGCCCCCAGGCCCCUCCACCCCACGCCGGGUCCCCUCUGCCUGAAGGACGCUGCUGUUCCAGGGUGAGGGGAGCUCCUUUCCAAGGCGUUCCAUCCAUUUAAUAAUAAAAACGUGCUCGGUCUUUUUGCAAAACAAGGGAGCAGGAUUGGAGGGUCUUUCUAGAAGGUUCCUUGGAAGCAUCACACGAUGCUGCCUGCUUCGUGUGCCAGCAUCAGGACAGCAAGGACUCCAUGUUUACUCACUGGGUUUGUCGUGUGGUAGAAGCUGUCAUGCUAUUUUCUCGUCCUCUGUACAGUCUUCUCGUGUGUGCGGAGACCCAGCCCUGAGAACACGACCAAUUCCAAGCGUUUCUUUGCAAGCUACCCACUACUUUUUUUUUUUAAACAACUUGCUUCUGGAUUUUUUUGGUUCUCUGAAAUCUCUUUCAAACAUUUAUUGAGAGAAAAUACUUUUAAAACAGGCCUUAAUACUUUUUCCUACCUGGAAAGGAAAUUUGGAAAAUAUACAAAAAUUGGAACAAUAGCAAAAAGCCCGCUGGUUGACUUAAUAGCAGCAGAUACUUGCUGAUCAUCUGCAUGCCUGCAAUCUACGUUUUAAAACAUAUUUAUACAUAUCUUUCAGUUAUUUUUAAAGAAGGUAUUUUUGAGUCGAGAUAUAUGUAUAAUUUUGUGGUUUUCAAAUACUUUAACAGAUCUUUCCAUAUUUCAUUGAAGAAUUUAUAUAAAUCUUAAUUCCUGUUCACUGGCCUAUGGUGAGCCUCACCAUCCCUUGCCAUCAUAGCUCUUUUUGGUUGAGAACAACUAUGGCCCAAUGCUGUGAGUGACUUCGCUCCGGAGCCACACACUGCUUUCUGGCUGUGUGCCCUUGGGCAGGUUACUUUCCCUCUCUGUUCCUGCAGGGGGCAGGGGAGGAUCCAAGUGCCCUGGCUUCUCUCCAGGGGGCAGGGCCUACGUCAAAGGCCUGGGAAAUGGUGAAGACCUGAAAGAAAAACUUCCGGGGCUGCUAAAUAUGAAAAGGACAGUGUCACAACUGAUAAGUGUUUAAAUGCCUUCCGAACGCUGAACUGCACGUCAACUUUAAUGUAUCCACAGAAAUGUCAUUAUAUUUGAAAACAAUUUGUAAAUUGGGUUUUUGGCACGAGUUCCAGACUCUGCAGGAUGAUUGAAGAGAAAUCAUAAGGCCAAAAAAGAAAAAUAAAUCCUAGCCGAUGGUAAACUAAA